CCCCGCGCGGCCGCGCGAAUGAAACUUCCGGCUUCCGCGGCGGACGGGAAGCCCGGAAGAGGCGGGGCCUCAGCGGGCGCGCUGUGCGCUUGCGCGAGACGUUCCCGUGGUGUGGCGUCGGAGCGCCAGCCCCGCACCACACGUGGAGUGCUGUCGCUGCUUCCUAGGGCCUUCUCGGGACUGGACCCGCUUCCAGUACCAUGGGGCGCAAAUUGGACCCUACGAAGGAGAAACGCGGGCCGGGCCGAAAGGCCCGAAAGCAGAAAGGUGCUGAGACCGAACUCGUCAGAUUCUUGCCUGCAGCUGGUGAUGAAAAUUCCAAGAGGCUGUCCAGUCGUGCUCGAAAGAGCCAAGAGGAGGUUGGGCUCUGCUGAAGUCCGUGAGACAAAUAAAUCCCCUGGGGCCAGACCAUUGCCUGGAAAGCUACCAAAAGGAGCCGUCCAGACACCGAGUAAGAAGGGAGCCCUGUCCUUAUUUAAUGCUGCUCAAGGCAAGAAGCGCCCAGCAUCAGCCUAUAGCAGUGAGGAGGAGGGAGAGGAGGAAGACUCUGAAGAGGGUGGUGUGGUGAACGAGGGGGACCUCUGGGGCUCUGAGGACAGUGAUGCCGAUAUGGUAGAUGACUAUGGAGCCAACUCCAGUUCAGAGGACGAAGAAGAGGAUGACAGUGAAGAGUUGCUGCCCAUUGAAAGGGCUGCUCGAAAGCAGAAGGCCCAGGAAGCUGUUACUGGGAGCCAGUGGAGUGAGGAGGAGACUGAGGAAGAGGAGGAGGAAUCCCCUGAGUCAGGCCCUAGAGAAGAUGAUGAGACAGAAGGGGGCCUCCAGAUCAAUGUGGAUGAGGAGGAGCCUUUUGUACUGCCCCUUGCUGGAGAGAUGGAGCAGGAUGCCCAGGCUCCAGACUUGCAGCGAGUUCACAAGCGCAUCCAAGAUAUAGUGGGAGUGUUGCGUGAUUUUGGGACUCAGCGGGAGGAGGGUCGGUCUCGUGCUGAAUAUCUGCAGCGGCUUCGGAAGGAUUUGGCCACUUAUUACUCCUACGGAGACUUUCUCCUUGGCAAGCUCAUGGACCUCUUCCCUCUGUCUGAGCUGGUGGAGUUCUUGGAAGCUAAUGAGGUGCCUCGGCCCAUCACCCUCAGGACCAAUACGUUGAAGACCCGGCGCCGAGACCUUGCUCAGGCACUAAUCAAUCGUGGGGUUAACCUGGAUCCCCUGGGCAAGUGGUCAAAGACUGGACUCGUGGUGUAUGAUUCCUCGGUGCCCAUUGGUGCUACUCCUGAGUACUUGGCUGGGCACUACAUGCUACAGGGUGCGUCCAGCAUGUUGCCUGUCAUGGCCUUGGCGCCCCAGGAACACGAGCGGAUUCUGGACAUGUGUUGUGCCCCUGGAGGAAAGACCAGCUACAUUGCCCAGCUCAUGAAGAACACGGGUGUGAUUCUCGCCAACGAUGCCAAUGCUGAGCGGCUCAAGAGUGUCGUGGGCAACUUGCACCGGCUGGGAGUCACCAACACCAUCAUCAGCAACUACGAUGGGCGCCAGUUCCCCAAGGUGGUGGGGGGCUUUGACCGAGUCCUGCUGGAUGCUCCUUGCAGUGGCACUGGGAUCAUCUCCAAGGACCCAGCUGUGAAGACUAACAAGGAUGAGAAGGACAUUCUGCGCUGUGCUCACCUUCAGAAGGAGCUGCUCCUGAGUGCUAUCGACUCUGUCAGUGCCACCUCCAAGACAGGAGGCUACCUUGUGUACUGCACCUGCUCCAUCACGGUGGAAGAGAAUGAGUGGGUGGUAGACUACGCACUGAAGAAGAGGAAUGUGCGGCUUGUGCCCACUGGCCUGGACUUCGGCCAGGAGGGCUUUACCCGCUUCCGGGAAAGGCGCUUCCACCCCACUCUGCGUUCUACCCGCCGCUUCUACCCUCACACCCACAACAUGGAUGGUUUCUUUAUUGCCAAGUUCAAGAAGUUCUCCAAUUCUAUCCCCCAGUCCCAAACAGGAAAUUCUGCAACAUCAACCCCUACAAACCCAGACUUGCCCAGCCCGAAAGGGGAGGUGACUCCCAAGCCUGAGCGCAGCAGCCAGCCUGCCAAGAAGGCCAGAGUGGCUGUGCAAGCAAAGCAGCGGCUGCAGAAACGGCAACUUCCCAAGAAGGCUUCUUUCCAAAAGCAGAAUGGCGUCUCCAAAGGGACAGGCUCAGAAUUGUCCACUGUGUCUUCUGUCACAAAGGUCCAACCUUCCUCCAAGCUCCAGGAUAGCAAGCAGCCAGCUGAGAAAGCAGUAGUGGUCAGGGAACCAAAGGUGGCUGGGAGACUAAAACAGUCACCCAAACUGCAGUCCUCCAAGAAAGUUGCCUUCCCAAAGCAGUGUGUUCCUCCCAAGGGCAUGGACCCAGAAAUCCCUCCUGUGCCAUCCCUCUCCAAGACCCAGGAUGCUUUCAAGCCUGAGGACUGCAAUCAGCCCCUUGGAAACACCACCACAGGGGCUGAGAAGGUAAAGCAGCAGUUACCAGAGCAAUCUUUCAAGAAAACUGCCUUCCAGAAACAGAAUGGCACCCCCAAGGGACCUAAGACUCCCACCAUGUCCCCUCGCAGUUCUAGCAGGCCCCCACCAGCGAAGAGGAGAAAAUCGCAGUCCAGAGGCAGCAGCCAACCACUGCCGUCUUCAGUGGAUGGUUGAACUAGACUGGGGUGGUUCAUUGCCAUUGUUACUAGGUUGGAGCUCUUACCUCCGUGAGGAUGGCUUUCCCACCGUGGAUGUGAAAUUUAAUACACAAUUUGCAAUCUUGC